CUUCCUCUGAUUAUCCAAUCAGCAGCCUCCUCUGAUGAUCCAAUCAGCAUCUUCCUCUGAUUAUCCAAUCAGCAUCCUCCUCUGAUGAUCCAAUCAGCAGCUUCCUCUGAUUGUACAAUCAGCAUCUUCCUCUGAUUGUCCAAUCAGCAUCUUCCUCUGAUUGUCCAAUCAGCAGCCUCCUCUUCUCUGUGGGCUGCAGGGGCUGAUGGGAGCUUUGGUUCCUCUGCUAGAAACCACGUGGCCCUGGUCUGAUCUCUCAGCUCGUCCUUGUUUGGCCUCAGCUGCAUCAGAGCGCCACUUCUCCCCAGGUUCACCAGAGGAAACUCCACUGCACACAAUGCUUUUCCUCCCAGCUGCUGCUCUGUGCUGGCUGGGUUCAGCUCUGGCUGCCAUGGCAACACACCUGGUUCAGGACCAUUUAACUCUGACCAGGAGAACCGGGCAGAGCGUCUCCUUCAGCUGUGGAGGAACUGGGCAGUGUGGUAGUGGUUAUAUCUACUGGUACCAGAAGAAAGAAACUGAAACAUUCAGAGUUAUUCUCUAUAUCUACAGUGGUGGAACAGGAAAACCUUACAAUCAUCCUCAGCAAGAUGAUUUCUCAGCUGAGAGAGAUGAGAACAGCUGUAAACUGAAGAUAAACAAAGUUAAACUGGAUCAUUCAGCCUCCUACUACUGCGGCUGUUGGAAGUCUGGUUCCCACAAAUAUCUCUUUGGAUCCGGAACCAAACUGUUUGUAACUGGUAGAACAAUGAAGAAACCCGAGGUGACUGUGUGUCCGGUGAAAACACAAGGCCGUGUGGAGGGAGAGACGGCUCUGAUGUGUCUGGCCUCGGCCAUGUAUCCUCCUCUGGUCCGGAUCUCCUGGAAAAGACAGAAGGGCAGCAAGGAGGAGCCGGCCCCCGCCGAGGAGAAACAGCAGGAGCUCAGCGGGUCAAAAAGUUCUGCCGUCAUCAGGCUGGUUAAAAACGAGACUCUCUACAAUUAUGAAUACAUCUGUGAAGUUCAGCAUGAGGGCGGCAGCGUGACCAACCAAACACGGUUCCAAGAACUUCCAGAACCUCCAGCACCAACAAGGUCUGGAGCAGCAACAGAUCGGCCAGCAGCUCCUGCGCCACCACCAGCAGCGUCUGUCCGUCCUCAGCUCCCAGUGAGGCUCCCAGUGAGGCUCCCAGUGUCCUUCCAGUCUCGCUGCAGGGUGAAGCUGCUCUGCCUGCUGUACUCAGUGCUGAUAGUGAAGAGUCUGGUGUACUGCAGUGGCCUCUCUGUGCUGAUGGUCCUCAGGAGCAAGGGCCCGGCCCCCAGCUGAACUGCUGCAGUUUAUCACAUUCAUCAGCUUUAAGAAACAUUGUUCAGGACAAACUGUGGAAUGUACUUUUGAUUUCAUUUUGCUGCAUUUUAUUAUAAUUUAAUUCUUUUUGCUUUUCACUUUUUACAGUGUUGUAGAUUCUACACAUUUAUUAAUUUUGUAUUUGAAUAAACUCAAACAUUUUUUGUCAUGUUUUUCACUUUUUAUAACUUUUAUCUGACCUGAAUGUAAUGAAAUUAAAACGACAAUAAAACCAUUUUUCCACCAUCAACAUGUAUGUUAUUAAUAUG